GUUCAAUCAUUAUUCGGUCUUGUUCCGAUUCGGGCGCGUUUGGAAACUCUUGUUGCGGGUGGUAUUUCGCGUGAAUUCGACGUUUCGAUUUUUUUGGUGUUCCUGUGUGCGAUUGCAGCCUGUACCAUUUUCACAUCCUUUGCUUGGUCUCAGUGUGUUAUUUCAUAGGAUAAUCGCCUAAAUUAUCGAUAGCUGAUGAUUGUACCAGUUCGAGAACGCAACAAAACGCAUCAACUGGGUGAUAUUUAAGGAAAAUUUGUAGUGGGAAAAUUCCCUCAAAAGGGGUGGGUGCUACAUGACGGAAAAAUUUGUUCACGGGCUACGAAAACCAUUGUGUUACGAGUGUAUAUUGGAGUUUCUUCGGAGUGUAUCACGGUGUUUGAUAAUGUAGAGGAGUAGAAGUAAAAAGUUCAAUAGUGAAAUGUUGAGAAUGGUUGAAUAUUAAUAUCGGAAGUCUGGUUCGCUACCAAAAGGGUAUGUGCUGGCAGGGGUACUGAAAAUUCUGUAUCUACAAGCAACAGUGUCACCUCAAGUGAAGCGAAUCCAUCUAUACCAGUAGUGGGGAAUCGAGAAAAAGGAUAUCAUUAAACGCACGAGUGGGGAUAAAGAAAAACAAAUUUCAUUGCUCGAGUACUAUCACGCAAAGUGCAGAUACCGAAAAGGAGGACAGCAAACCCAAAUAGGAAGGGAAGGUGGUUCACAAGAGCGCUAUUCCCACGCCCUCCAGUGGUAGUGAUUAUGCAAAUUCAUAUCAACCCGGUGCGUGGCAACUUGCUGGCAUCAUGGUCCUAAGCACUGAGUGGUCCCAGGUGGAGAUAAUCGAUCUCGUCAACGAUGGCAACGGGCUUGGAUUUAUGCUCGUUGGAGGCCGCAGCACGGGUGUGGUCAUUAAGGCGUUGAUUCCCGGAUCGGUUGCCGAGCGCGAUGGUCGCCUUCAAAGUGGUGACCACGUGCUACAGAUUGGCGACGUUAACCUACGAGGCUUCAGUUCGGAGCAGGUGGCAACGGUGUUACGACAAUCUGGUCAUCAGGUACGGUUGAUAGUGGCCCGACCGGUGGAACCAACCUCUCCAGAUUAUCAAGCCUUAGCCAGCCAUGCACCGAUCAUUCCUACAAAAAUGCUUACCGAUCCGGAAGAACUCGACCGGACCCUGCUGCAGACGGCCGGUUACACGUCCGGGGCAUUCUUGCAAUCACCCGUCGAGGAAACCGAGGAGCUCUGUCCGACUCACAUCGAAGUGGUCGCCGUGAACAAUACAAUAAAUAUCGAUAAUAAUAGUCUAGCUUUAAUUUCUCCUUCUUCGAUUUCGAUUCCACAAGUGCUUAGUCAACCAUUGCUGGAAGCAAUUCUACCACCGCAUUUACGAGCAUUUGCAGUAGCUCUGAUUGACACCAGUGCGGCGAGUGCAGCAGCUGCUAGCAAUCCUCAGUUAUCGCAAUGUCACCAGAGAUGUUCGAUGGUCCAAUCUCCGUCGGUAACAACGUUGUCUAUCUGUGCGGCAAAAUCCGAUGCGGAUUCAAUGGUAACGGAGUGUGGUGAAUGUGGGAUCGAUCCGGAAAUGGAGUCAGCCACUACGUUUGACUCAAAUGUGUUUCUGCUGGAGAAUGGGGAUUGUAGUGAAAACGGUCUGUACGAAAAUGGUGCCGUAAUUGCGGCGUUGGCUUCGUCUGCAGGCGCAACGCCUCUGAGGGAGAACAUGGAGUUGGUGUUUGAUUCUCGUGGGGAAGAAGUGCGAAGUGCUUCCCAGAUGGUAACGCCGAUAGUGGAAAUAGAUCCGGUCAUUGAAUUGUGGCAACGACAGAUGGGGAACAGCCGGGUCAUUUUUGCGGAUAUUCAGAAGUUGUCUGGGCUGGGAAUAAGCUUAGAAGGUACAGUGGAAGUGGAAGGAGGCGUGGAGGUUCGCCCUCAUCACUAUAUACGGUCGAUUUUGGAAGAUGGCCCUGUUGGGCGGAAUGGCACGUUGAAGCCUGGUGACGAAUUACUGCAAGUGAACGAACAUCGUUUGCAGGGGUUGAAACAUAUCGAAGUGGUGAAAAUUCUCAAAGAAUUGCCCUCAAAAGUGCGAGUGAUCUGUGCACGCGGGUCAUCUGCCCCUACUGUGAUCAAUACAUCUCAAAAUGCGGAAGCAUUCGAAGCGCGUAGUAUUCUUGCAGGAGGCCUGCAGAGCCUUCAGAGCUUACAAGGUAUUCUAACGAAAGCUCAGUCGGAGAGUUCACUUUACACUUCGAGUACGGCUACGUUGACGGAUCAACAGCGUUCAAAAUCCGUUGAACAAGUUUCCGGCCUGGCCCUGUGGACCAACGAAGUAAUUUACUGCGACAUUGAGAAAACGGAACGUGGAUUCGGUUUCUCCAUCUUGGAUUAUCAGGAUCCAUUGGACACCGAAGGAACUGUCAUCGUUGUGCGAGGUCUGAUUCCGGGUGGUUCUGCCGAGGCCACCUGUUUCAUCUUCCCCGGUGAUCGUCUUGUUUCGGUCAACGAACAUAGUCUUCAGGGCGCCACUCUGGAUCAGGCGGUGAGUAUAUUGAAAGGCAUACCUUUGGGGACUGCUCGCAUAGGCCUGUGCCGGCCUCUGUCAACAUCGGAUAACAAUCUGUCAUCCACACCGGAGACUCCCACCACAUAACUACAAAUAAUUGAUCUGUUUUUCGAGCUUGACAUCUAAUCACCGGAAGCAAGACUCGAUACAUUGACCAAAAGCAGAUCAGUUCCGUUAGUUACAAAGCUAUUUUCACAACAAUCAUUUGACGAUUGAUUUACUGAGUAGUUAAGAAAAGAUAGAGAGUUAGCGUAAAAAAUUAUGCAGACUUGUAAACCUAUAAUUAUCCAUUAGUUGUUGCCCUUUAGUUAGAAAAAAAAGUUUUUGCUAGGUUCAUAAUAUCUGCACUAGGCUUGAACAGCACAAACGGCAUAAGCGUACAUUAGUUUAGGGAUUAUCUCAUUUAAGAGGUGCAGAUGGCUGUUUGGUAAAUGUUGCUAGCGAAUACAAUACAGCAGCUGGAGAAGAGUAUGGCGAAAAGCAAAUAAACAACCACUGUAUAGCGUGGAAACAUAUUUUUUAUUUUUGCGUAAGCAACAAAUGAAAACAAGACAAAAUUGGAUGCAAAAAAGAGCAUAAUGCAGGCAUUGUGUGCGAUAAAUAAAAUCAACUGUAGCAUA